AUGAAGCCUAACGAUGAUUACGUGCUUGCCGAUGUACGGCCAGAUUCAUUGCCUACGCAAACGGGUGCCUUUAUCUCGGUGAUUAGCUGCUCCGUUAUUGUGCUCUCUUUUCUCUGGAAGCACAAAUGUCGCCAUCCGAAUCCAAUCAUCUACUGGAAAUCCGUUGUAGAUCUACUCUACGCACUGCGAUUUCAAUACAGCUGGGAUAUCUACAUGAAUUCAUUGGGUUGUCGUGCACUUGCAACAUUUACACAGUUCUGUACAUUCUCGUCCGAGUGCUGGUUCCUCAGUAUGUCAUUCAAUCUGUACCAAUGCUCGACGAAUCCCUUUACAAAUCUUAAACAGAAUUUGCGGUGGUAUCAUGCCUUUUCCUGGGGUGUCGGAUUGCUUUUUGCUGCUCUACUUUGGGCCUCUAGUGUCCAGUUUGACCCUACAGUACAUCCGUCCUGUUUUGUCGACGAGGCGGUUGCAGACGAACUCCUGAUGUAUUACGUUGUGGUAAUUCUUGCAGUUCUUUGUGCCGUGAUCUUUGCAGUUCUGGAGACGCAGACUCAUCCGUUUAAAGGCAUGAAAGAGGCGCUGGAAGCCAAGAAGGAUGUGAUUCAUAGUGCGCGGAUCUUUACGGUAGCCUACAUUGUCUACCAGAUUGUCCUCAUUUCAUUCUGGAUUGCGGACGUGCUGUUUCUGCGCAACCACCCACACGCUCUCCAACAAGUACGUGACGCAUCUUCUUUUCUCCAAGCGGCCAAGGGUUUGAUCGACUUGGUCAUUUGGGUGACUAUUAAUGGACCGCCGCAAUUGGACUGCCGAACUGGUCGAUUGCGCGAAACGUUUGACACUGAUCGAUACAGCGAUGUUAAUAUUGAUCUUCAGCCACAGCUCAAUGUUGCGUUACGGAAAGAGGUACUUCAUUUUACGACAAGAGGGAUUGUAGCAGCCUCGUCAAAUACUCCUAUGGUCACGGACGGUCGACGUGUGGUCCACCUCCGCUUGCAUGAACUUGGCAUGACGGUGCGCUUUGACGACUACAGCCCGUCUAGCUUUCGCGAUAUUCGUCAGGGUUUUAGCAUCAAUGAGACGCUGUACAGGAAAGCGUUCCUGGCUACGUGUCACGAAAGACUUGAGUCUGGCGGAUCUAGUGGUGCCUUUAUGUUUUAUACCGCAGACUACUCUUUUUUGGUAAAAUCAGUAACAACAAGCGAACGCAACGUGCUGUUGAAUAUGCUACCGGCUUAUAUUCGGCACAUGAAGCAGAAUCCAAACUCACAUUUGACACGGUUCUAUGGUUGUCACUCUAUCGAGAUGUACGGUCAAGUGUUUAGUUUUGUGGUCAUGGGGAACGUAAUUGGUCGUACAAGUAUGCACCAAUUUUUCGACAUCAAGGGAUCGUGGAUCGAUCGCAAUGCGAAGGCGAUACCUCCAGGAAAAACGGUCAUUUGUACAUACUGCAGUAACGCUUUUCCAUAUGGCACGAACAAAAGCUGUGAGUACAGCAUCCGUGGUAUUCAUUUGCCCCACAUUGUGUUGAAAGACAACGAUUUUCAUCGCAAAAUGCGAGUGGAAGCAGAGACAGCUGAGGCACUGGUCCGGCAGCUUGAAAGUGAUAGCAAUUUCUUGAAAGAGCAAGGCAUUAUGGACUACAGCUUGAUGUUGAGUGUACACAACACAAAAUACGUAGUAGACCACUCGACAACGGGUACCAAGGUGCAGUCUCCGACAAAGCGCAAGGUGACCUAUCCAGUAUGCCAUCCUUCCAGAGAUUCCUUUUUGUCACUCGCUACGGACAGCGCUUGUCCGACCGAAGACUCGAGGGACGAGGACUUGGACGAAGUUGAGUCUGGGAACCGGAAAAAGUUCAGCAGGACUUGUCGCUAUUCCGUCGUGAACCUGAUUGAGGAAAGUGGCGCUAUGAUUCACGAUGAUACGCCGCUCUUGCAUGUUGAUAGCACUGUUCGACGCUAUAAUUCCGUGUCGUACGGCCCUGCCGACACGAAAUCCUGUCCGAUCGACGACACUAAGUGGAUUGGCAUAAGAACUUUGGAGAAGCACGGAUAUCUGGCAUCGGUAGUGGUUGGUCCAGAUUGCUACACGCUUGGAGUGGUAGACAUGCUUCAAACGUGGACUUGGAAAAAGCGACUGGAACGUUUUUGGAAGACGUUUGUACUUCGUUAUGACCGCCUGGGAAUUUCAGCCGCUCCACCUAAACUCUAUGCCGAGCGCUUUCAGCGUAAAAUGCGUGACAUUUUGAUGGUAUCGUCAGCAACAGUUAGUAUUGACUCAAACUACAACAGAAUAGGAUGUUAA